GACUGCGCGCCCCGAGCCCCGUUCCGCGUCCCCGCCGCCGGAGGAGGUGCCCGCACGCUCGCGGCGCACGCCGGGGCCGCCACGCUCGGCCUGUGGGCGAUUUCCUCCGGACCCGAGCUCCCCGCCCGAGGAAGAAGAUGCAGACGUUUCUGAAGGGGAAGAGAGUUGGCUACUGGCUGAGCGAGAAGAAAAUCAAGAAGCUGAAUUUCCAGGCCUUCGCCGAGCUGUGCAGGAAGCGAGGGAUAGAAGUGGUGCAGCUGAACCUUAGCCGGCCCAUCGAGGAGCAGGGCCCCCUGGAUGUCAUCAUCCACAAGCUCACCGAUGUCAUCCUCGAAGCCGACCAGAAUGACAGCCAGUCCCUGGAGCUGGUGCACAGGUUCCAGGAAUACAUCGAUGCGCACCCUGAGACCAUUGUCCUGGACCCCCUGCCUGCCAUCAGGACCCUGCUGGACCGCUCCAAGUCCUAUGAGCUCAUCCGGAAGAUCGAGGCCUACAUGAAAGAUGACAGGAUCUGCUCGCCACCCUUCAUGGAGCUCACGAGCCUGAGUGGAGAUGACACGAUGAGGCUCCUGGAGCAGAACGGCCUGGCAUUCCCCUUCAUUUGCAAAACCAGAGUGGCUCAUGGCACCAACUCUCACGAGAUGGCCAUUGUGUUCAACCAGGAGGGCCUGAGUGCCAUCCAGCCGCCCUGUGUGGUCCAGAACUUCAUCAACCACAAUGCCGUCCUGUACAAGGUGUUUGUGGUGGGCGAGUCCUACACUGUGGUCCAGAGGCCCUCGCUGAAGAACUUCUCUGCGGGCACGUCAGGCUCCUCCCCAGGACCGUCUCUCGUGCCCCCCGUCUGGACUGGCUCUGGUCGGAGCGGCGGGAGGACUGUCGGGUACUCCGGGGCGGCCAGGGGCCUGUGUGCCCCACUAGCAGGAAGGAUGCCAGACCGGGAGUCCAUUUUCUUCAACAGCCACAACGUGUCGAAGCCCGAGUCCUCAUCGGUCCUGACUGCGCUGGACAAGAUCGAGGGUGUGUUUGAGCGGCCAAGUGACGAGGUCAUCCAGGAGCUAUCCCGGGCGCUUCGGCAGGCGCUGGGUGUGUCACUCUUCGGGAUUGACAUCAUCAUCAACAAUCAGACCGGGCAGCACGCAGUCAUCGACAUCAACGCCUUCCCAGGACUCCACUGCUGCUCCCAACCUGGAUGACACGUCGGAAGCCCUCUGCCACCUGACCCCGGUGCCAUAGUGAACCUGGUAUCUGGGCUACGGUUUGGCAUCAGUUGGUGUUGUCCAGAGCCUCCUUCUUCCUGAGACACUCUCCCCACAUCUGCUGCUACUACUCCCUGCUUCCUGCCCCACCCUGCGCCCACUCCUGCCCCUCAAGGAAGACCUGGCAGGAACUCAGAGGACACUGAAAGAUCUUUUUCAUGUAUUUAUUCUUUCAUUCAGACGCUAUUUGUUUAGCACCUACUGUGUGCUUAGAACACCCUAAAACAGCACUCAGCUAUUCUAGGUGUGGAGGAUACAGCAGUGAACAAACAGACAAAUAUCUGAUUCUUACAGAGUUUACAUUCUAAAGGGUGAAGACAGACAAUGAAGAAGUAAAGAGGUAAAAUACACAGUUGUCAGAUGGGGACAAGUGCUAUGGACAAAAAUGAAGCAGGAAAGGGGGAUGAGUGUGUUGGGGAGGGGUGGGGCUACGUUUAAAAUAUAUGCAGUAUUCUAGGGUCUUUGUUGAGGCAGCUCCCUUUGUAAAGGGCAGUUCCCAGGGAAAGACCUCAGCUGAGCACUGACAAUAUAUGCACCACACCUUUCUGAUGUGGGGUUGUCCUGAACGUGCUUGCAGAGGACGGCAACACAUUUCCUCUCCUGAGGCCUAUCACACAGACUUACCCGUGUCCUGAGUAUAGCAGUCCACAAACAUUCAUUGUGUGCCACAAUGUGUUUGACUAAUGUACAGAUAUAUUUCCUGGGCUUUUUUUGUUUGGUUGGUUUUGCUAUUUUAAACAACAAUCUUAUACACAAACUCUGUGACAUCUGUGAUUAUUUUGUGUAAUAGUAGGUGAACUCCUCGUAUCUUUAAAAAUGGAUAUUUUUAAGACUCAUUAGUACCCAUUGCCCAACUGCCAUGAAGAAGGUUGGACCACUUCCCAAGCAGAGUGGAUUUCUUUCAAGGGAAAUUUUUUUUUAAGAUUUUAUUUAUUUAUUCGUGAGAGAGAGAGAGGCAGAGACACAGGCAGAGGGAGAAGCAGGCUCCAUGCAGGGAGCCCAACGUGGGACGCGAUCCCCGGUCCCCAGGAUCAGGCCUUGGGCUGAAGGCGGCGCUAAACUGCUGAGCCACCCAGGCUGCCCUCAAGGGAAAUUUGAGAGCCCAUGCCACCCUUCCAAGAGCCUCAGUUCUCCAGGAGCCUGAUCCUGUUUAUCCCGUGAAGCCGAGCAUAACCAACCAGCAAAAAUGUCCGAAACUAGGCUUCUAAGAUGACAAUGACAGUAACUAGCACUUGCACUAUGCUUUAUAGCUCUUCAAAAUGUUCAUUUUUGAGCUCUUAUGGCACCCCUCAGCCUAAGGUAAAUGGAAGUUUCGAUCCUACUUUGCAGAUUUGGGAAAUGAGACUCAGGAUGUUAAAGUGACACAUGACAAGUGAAUAGUAAAAUUGGAUCUAGAACUUGUUUAGCCCAAAUGCCCGUGAUCUCUCACAUAUUGUUACCUCUUCCUGGAAUGCCUCCCAAUGACCAUCCCACUUUGUCCCCGAUGGCUUGACGGGGAUUUGAGGUAAUUUAGGGUUUGAGGUAAUUCCUCUCUCCUCUCUGCCUCCACAACACUUAUCACAGAAGGUUGAAUGUUUUGUCUUUCAAUCCUUCUAUCUCAUUAUGCUUUGAGAUCUGUGGUGUUUGGUCUUCAUCCUGAUCAUCUUGUGACCUCAGUUCCUGGCAUAGUACCAGGCACCUGGUAGGCACAAUAGAAGAAUUAAAGAUAGAAAAAUCUCACACUCCUUGAUCUCCUCUUUGGGAUUUGAGCUGAAUUACUUAGGUAAGAAUAAGCUGCUGGGGAAGGGGGGAACCUAAAAUACAGUGGAGUAAAAUGGGAUCUCAUUUCUCCCAUAUACCACAGCCCAGAAGUAAAUAGUGGUGUGUCUCUGUCAUUCUCAAUAUGAGAUUUCUGUCUUUGCUACCAAGGUAGCUACUUAAGUUUUCAAUAUUUCUCUACCAUGGCAAAGGGGACAAAGGAUAGAUGGAGGCCAAGCAGCUUCUUUGUAAGAAUAUGAUAAAGAACCUGCCUGAUCACUUCUCACAACCCAUUGGCUAAAACUUAGGCACAUGGACACACUUUGUUGAAAGGGAGGCUGGGCAUCCAUUGGAAAUGGUUCUGACUACUAAAAGAAGAGGGGAUCCUGGGGGACAAUUAAUAUUCUGUACUACACAACUCUGGGGGAUGAUGACAAACACUAACCUUUGUAGAAACCUUGCUAAGAAUUAGGCACUGUCCUAAGUGUUUUACAUUAACAGCCCUAUGAGGUAGGUGCCAUUAUUAUCCUUGCAUACAGAUAGAGUUCUGUAAGAGAAUUAAGCCCAGGGGAUCCCUGGGUGGCUCAGCGGUUUAGCGCCUGCCUUCCGCCCAGGGUGUGAUCCUGGACUCCUGGGAUCAAGUCCCACAUCAGGCAGGGAGCCUGCUUCUCCCUCUGACUGUGUGUCUCUGCCUCUCUCUCUGUGUCUCUCAUGAAUAAAUAAAUAAAAUCUUAAAAAGAGACAGAGCGAGAGAAAAUUAAGCCCAAAUGUCUUAAGGCAUUCAAUAUGUAAUGAAUUAACGUCUCUUGCAUGCCCCUGGAAUAGUACUAAUUAUGCAUUAUCCUUGGGAGAAUUGAGAAUAUAGCUGUUAAAAUAAUUUCUGUGUUUUGUAGUUCUGAUGAGGAACCUACGCACCAUCAAUGGAUACCUUUCAAGGAGUCAUGGGUCUGAUGGGUUCUCCCAAAAGCGGACCCUAAGACAAGGAUUUGGUACACAGAGUUCAUUUGGAAAUGAUCCCAAGAAGUACAAAGAGGGAGCAAGGAAGUAGACAAAGAAAGGAGAAGAGCCAAUGAAGGGUAUGGUGAUGAGCCAGGCACCACUGAAGGCAGUCCCCUGCUGGGACUUGUUUAGAGACGGUGCAGAACGCAAGUCAGAAUUGUUCCACUGGUUGCAGAAAGCUGGAGUACUUACCUGUGGAUUCCUUUCCCUCAUGGAGGGUGUCUCCUGGAGGCAUGGAUUUCCCAGCACUUCUGGUCUGUUCUGUGAAAGGGCGAAGCAAACUUCCAUGGCCAAAAGGGCCAAGCAAACUUCCACGGCCAGAGAACACCUUCAGGCAGAGAACAUUUGCAGCCUCUGGUGUGUAUGGGAACUGUCUAUAGGCAACCUCCACGGUGGCCCGAGGGGACGUAGGUGGGACACUCACAUCUGGUACAGGGCUUCCUAUAUGUUAUGUCAUUUCAUCCAUACAAUAAACCUGUGGCUAAUUAUCAGUAUCACUGCUUCUUAUAUACAGAAGUCAAAGCUCAGAGAUAUGGAGUGACUCUCUCAAGGUCACAUGGCUAGGAAAUGGUAGAGUCUGGGGGCCAGCCGUCCAUCUCUGGUCACUCCCUGCUCCUCUUUUUAGGCCCUAAGCCCUGGACCAGCCUAUUUUUACAGGUCCCCAUCAGCAACCCUACCAAAAAAAAAAUAUUACCUUCAGGCUUUCCUGGGCUUCUCAUUGUUUGAGAAAGACAAUUGACCUUUUCGCAACUUUAAGUGGAUGAAGCUUGGAGAAACACUAUUUUUUAUUGCUGUAAGUGUAUGCAUACAACCUCCAUUAAAGUCAUGUCCUUGCUUUGUAUACUCAGCUUUGGACAAGUUCCCUAGCCCCUAUUUCUAAUCAGGUCAUUGCCCCCUGAACUACUCUUAUCUUGAUAUUCUGGAGUUGCCUCUGGUUAUAACAAGUACGGUCAUGUCCUUACUCUUUUUUCCCCCAAACAAAAGUUCUUACUGUGACUCACCCCUACUGAAAUGCAAAGACCUGGGACAGAAAGCCAAGAUGUGGUUAACUCUUCAUUAAUUAUGCAGUAAGAGGGAAUCAGAAGAGUAUAAUAUGCUCCGAAAGUGGGCUUAGCAGCCCAUCUUAGAAUCAUGUUAGAGCUCAAGGGGGCGGUAGCUCUCAAUGUACUCACUGCUCACUGGUUCCCCUUGACAGUUUCCCAGAUCGCUGUCAAAUUUUGAUUCAUGCAUGAAAUGUGUUUUGGUUAUAGCUAAGUAUAUACAGGCAUACCUUGAAGAUAUUGUGGGUUGAGUUCCAGGCCACUGCAAUAAAGUGAGUGAAUGAGUUUUUCAGUUUUCCAGUGCAUAUAAGGUAUGUUUGCACCAUACUGUAGUCUAUAUGAAGUGUUCAAUAGCAUUAUAUCUAAAAAGAAUUUUAAAAAAACAAUAUAUAUACCUUAAUUUAAAAAUACUUUACUGCUAAAAGAUGCUGACCAUCAUCUGAACUUUCAGCAAGUAAUGGGGAGUCCUGCCUUGUUGUUGAUGCUUGCUGACUGAUCAGGGUUGUGGGGGCUGAAGGUGGCUAGCUCUGACGAUUUGUUAAAAUAAGAGUUCGACUUUUCCUUUCACGAAUGAUUUCUCUGUAGCAUGUGAUGCUGUUUCUUUCAAAAUUGGAUUCAAUCCUCUCAAACCUUGCAGCUGCUUUAUCAACUCAGGUUAUGUAAUAUUCUGAAUCCUUUGUUGUCAUUUCAGCAGUCUUCACAGCCUCUUCACCAGGAGUACAUUCCAUUGCAACAAAUCACAUUCUUAUGGCACCUGGCUGGCUCAGUCGAGGAGCAUGCAUCUCUUGAUCUCAGUGUUGUGAGUUGGAACCCCAUGUUGGAUGUAGAGAUUGCUAAAAACUAAAUAAAUAAACUUUUAAAAAAUUA